GGCAGCUUCCUGCAGCUCACAUGUACACAACCAGAGGAUGGCUUCAGUAAAGAGAAGUGAUUCCACCAGCAGUGGCCCAAAAGACUCAACUUCUGACACAACCGACGGGGACCAAAGCGAGUUAUGUCCCGGUUUCAAAGACGUGGAUGCCUUUGUUAAAUAUGGAUUGGGUGCUGUGUUAUCCGCUACCAAGGCAUCAGCCGGUUUGCCUCAAGCCGGAGAUGAAUACGAUUUCUAUCGGAGCUUCCCGGGCUUCCAGGAGUUCUGUGAAACUCAAGGAGAUAAGCUUUUGCUGUGCAUGAGUCAGAUAAUGCAGCACCACGGCUGCAGAUCCCACAUCAGAGACCGGAACAAGCUGACAGAGGUUGAGGAAAGGUUUGACUUGGUUGUGGACUCAAAUGAUGUCAUCCUUGAAAGAGCGGGCAUUCUUCUUGAUGAAGCUGAUGGGGUGAACAGGAGCCAGCAGCCUGUAAUGCCUGCAGGGUUUCAACCUCCCAAAAUUGUCGUUUCCAGCUGGAAUCGCAAGGGUUCAGGCUCUGGCAGCCGCUCUGAGACGUUCCGACUACUCCAUGCCAAAAAUGUUGCAAGGCCUCAGCUGAAAUUCAAGGAAAAAACCGACAACAGCAACACACCAUUUAUCCCAAAGAUCUUCAUCAAGCCCAAUGCAUUGAAGCCACUUCCAUCUUAUUUCACCAAUAAACAAAUCCGUAAGCAGAGACCUGAGGACCUGGAUGUUCCGGCUGCGCUGGCUGAUUUUAUUCACCAGCAGAGAACUCAGGAGCAUGUUGAAGACAUGGUUGCACACCCAUAUCAAUAUGAACUGGAUCAUCUUACAUUUCCAGAGAGCCUUCUGUCAAAGCCAGAAGCGCAGAUGUACAAACCAAUGUCUGACACAAAGUUCUCCUUCAUCGACUCACUUGCGGAUCUUGUGGCCCUGAAUGAGAAGCUUUGCAAACUGUCUGAAUUUGCAGUUGAUCUAGAGCACCAUUCCUACCGGAGUUUCCUUGGCAUCACUUGCCUGAUACAGAUCUCCACCAGAGAAGAGGACUUCAUCAUCGACACCUUGGAGCUCCGCAGUGAGAUGUACAUCCUGAACGAGGCAUUCACUGACCCAGCUAUUGUCAAGGUAUUUCACGGCUCUGACUCUGACAUCGAGUGGCUCCAGAGAGACUUCGGCUUGUACGUCGUCAACCUUUUUGACACGCAUCAGGCCAGCAGAGCUCUGAACAUGGCCAGACAUUCCCUCGACCAUCUGCUCAAACAACUCUGCAAUGUGGACUCAGACAAACGCUAUCAGCUCGCUGACUGGAGGAUUCGCCCCUUGCCAGUUGAGAUGGUGCAGUAUGCACGGGCAGACACCCACUACCUCCUGUACAUCUAUGACUGUGUGCGGGCGCAGCUGUUCGACUUCAACCACGGCCAGCCUGGCCUUCUGCAGAGUGUCUGGAGCAAGAGCAAGGACAUUUCCCUGAAGAAAUAUGUGAAGCCCAUCUUCACGGAGGAGUCGUAUUUAGAGCUGCAGAGGAAGCAGAAGAAGUCUUUUAACACCCAGCAGCUCGCUGCCUUCAGACUGCUGUUCGCCUGGAGGGACAAGCUGGCCAGGCAGGAAGAUGAAAGCACUGGAUAUGUGCUGCCCACUCAUAUGAUGAGCAAGAUAUCUGAGGAGCUCCCCAAAGAGCCUCAGGGCAUCAUUGCCUGCUGUAACCCUGUACCACCUCUGGUGAGGCAGCAGGUCAAUGAGCUACAUUUGUUGGUUCAGCAAGCCAGGGAAAUGCCUCUCCUUAAGGCUGAGAUUGCAGCUCAAAAGAAGAAGGGACUCACACCCAUUAAAAAGCCAGAGGUCACGUUGUUUGGUCCUCACGACACAUCCAGGGUCUCUGAGAGUGACCUUCAUCACUUUCCCUCAGAUGAUCUGCCUAUGAAACAAGGGAAGCUUUUUUCAGAUGAUGAGUACAAGAUGGAUGUUGACGUGGAAAAAACACACGGCCUCAUGGCACCAGCUAAAAUCACACUGUUUGAGGAGACGGAAACACAGACUGAUCAAGAGUCUCUCCCUGUGGCACAAAUGAAAGCGAGACGGAUCAAUGAGUCUUUUGAAAACCCUUUCAGAAUGUAUUUGCCCUUAAGUGAAGUUCGUGUCAACAAGAACGCCAAGUUUGACCCGUCUUCAAAAAUAUUUGAGAUUAGUAAAAGAUGGAAGCUGCAGAGUAUUGAACAGAAACAAAAGGAGAUGGAGGAAAAGAAGAAAGCUAAAGAAGAAGCCAAAGAACUUGCCAAGAAGGCAGCAGAGGAGAGAAACAAGGCAAAACAGAGCUACCAGGAGUCUCUUCAGAACGUUGCAACAGUUCGCCAGCAAGCAGCGGAAUCUGCAAAGGCUGGGGGACAGAAAAGAGAGAGGGUCACCAGUGAGGGUGGAGAGUUAACUCCCAAACCAAGUAAGAAGCUGAUGAAAUCGGCAGAGAAGCCCCAGAAAACAGAAGGCCCUCCUCAAGAAACCUUCAAGCCCUUCGACUACAGUCAGUCAGACCUCAGAGUCUUUGCUGGGACUAAAGCGAAAGACAACUCACAGUUCGACCCAAACCGGCAGCCUCGCGAUUUCAACAAAAAGAAAUUUGCAAAGGGACAAAAAUCCAACUUUGCAGCUGGAAACAAAAGUAUGUCAUAUAUGGCUGGAAAAUCAGACAGAGGAUUCAGGCACAACUGGCCCAAAAGAUAAACUCUUUUUCAUUCCUUUCUGUCUUUGUCCUCAUCCUACAGAAACAAUGUGUUUCCCCUUUUUUCUUUUUUUUUUUUGUUUUUGCAAAUGAAAUUCAGUAUUUUAAUAUUUAUUGGAUUUCACCUUUUUUCAUCUGUGGAACAUUUUGCCUGUAAAUAUGUGGACACUCUUACCUCUAUAUUAAAGAUGAUUUUAGAGGAAAAAGCUCUUUCCUAUAUUUGUUUUAUCAAGCCAAAAACAUGUGUUAAAGAGUUUCAUACAUAGCAAAAACAUUAAAACUAUUAUCUCCACUUAUAUUUAGAUAGCAUCUCAUACUUUAAGAUGUCUAAAGAAUACAUGGUGAAAAGAGAAAAAGAUCUCAGAAGUGAAUAAACUAAAUACUACAUUCUAAAGGUAUUGACAUUAACCCAAGAUGACAAAAAUGACCCAUCUCAAAAAUUGAUUGAUUUAUCUUUUCUUAUAUUUCAGUUUUGUAUUCAUUAACUUAUCAUUGGUGAUGAUAAGAUAAAGACCAGUUUUAGUAGCUGUUUCUAUGCAUGCAUGUAAAAUUAUGUUACUUUUUCAAGCUACACAAGCAUCUCUUGCAAAAGCUAAUGUCCACAAAUAUUCAGUAGCUCGAGCAAUAAUGAGGAGUAUAUCAGUAAUAGUGAUGAAGGACUGAUUGUUGAAAAAAAUGAGUGGUUUUCAGUGAUGAGAUUCAUUAUUUCUGCCCUUGAGGAGCAAAGUUUGUGAUAAAUGAGAGGUUGUUUUUCCACAAUAAAUUGAUAAUGAUUAAAAUUCAAAUAAGCUGCUUUAUUCAAGAGUUUAUUUUUUCAUCCCUAGAAACAGAUAUGUAUGCAGAAUGUUAAGACAAAGAAGGGUUAAUACGCUACUAUUCAGGAUUGUUACAAUAGAAAAUCUCAAGGUACCUUACUUCACUGCUAAAUACUGAUUGUAGAGCAUGUUUUGCUAAGGCAUCUGAAAUUGAUUUGCUCAAAAGUUGAGCAAUUCAUGACCUUGAAAUUUUUGGUGAAAUUAAACAAACCAGCAGUUGAAUCAUUUUGUACAUCAGUGAGGUGUAUAGGGAACACUGCAUGUCACGUGCACGAAUGUUGGAAUGGCACAUAAGAUUUCGCAAAGGCAGAGAGGAUGUCUGACAUGAUUUCUGAGCGCCCAUGCACAUCAAAAACUUCUGAAAACAUACAACGAAUUGAACAUAUUGCUUGAGAUGAUCAAUGACUCUGCAUAAGAAUGAUAGCAGAAAUGGUCUCCAUCAGAAAUACUGCCAGUUUGGGCACGCCGGUAAUCAAGUGAUUAAGGCGCGCGCCAUGUAUGCAGGCGACCCAGGUUCGAAUCCAGCCUGUGGCACUAUUUCCUGCAUGUCUCUCCCCACUCUCUUCCCUGUUUCCGACUCUAUCCACUGUCCUAAGCAAGUUUGUAGAGAUGUUUUGGAACACACUGAAGGAAACAUGAGGGUUGAGCUACAACCAUAGACUGUAGAAAGAAUUGGACAAACCCUGUGUGACAUCAGCCGUCUGCUUACAAUAGGCGGAAUCAAACAACUCUUGAAGCCAAUCCGCGGCGGCUUCCAUAUUGAAAUCACGGUCACCCACGGCCUCCCACGUCCCUUUAUCCUGCAAGCCUCACCUCCCCUCCAAGCCCUGCCAGCUCGUGGCCUCUUUAGUGUAGAAAUCCUACAAAGCGGCAGGGCAGGGGGCCACCAUGACUAAGGGAGCUUUCACACUAGGUCCAGCGUGGCACAAUUCCUCCCCCUUCUCUCCGCUGGAUUGCUUUCACAUUAGCCACAGCGAUCUGUGCCCAGGCCCACUUGUGCACUCCGAUCUGG